GAUAGCAAGGAGAGACCAUAUAUAAGAAUCAUUUAUGAAAUUACUAGACUUUAUUCUCUCUUCUGUUUCUGCAACUGAAAGAAGGAUUCAGCAGUCUGGCAGAAGCAAUCCGUCAGAAUGAUUUGGUUACUUCAGGUCUUGUUUUCACCACUCCCAACUCCUGCUUUGAUUGGUCUUAUUACUUUUGGAACCACAGUUUUCCUAUGGUUGAUAACAAAACCCAAGCCAAUUAUACCCCCUCUUGACCUCAACAAACAAUCUGCUGGCACCGAGGGAGGAGCUAGAAGAAGUAUGCUUGUCCCUGAAGGAAAGCUUCUGUCUUAUUACUAUGAGGAUGCAAAGACUUUAUAUGAAGGAUUCAGAAGAGGACGUUAUGUAUCAGAAAAUGGUCCUUGUUUAGGAUAUCGAAAACCAAAGCAACCAUACCAAUGGCUAUCUUAUCAACAGGUCCUGGACAGAGCUGAAUAUUUGGGAUCUGGCCUUUUGUACAAAGGAUGUAAACCUUCAUCGGAUCAAUUCAUUGGCAUCUUUGCUCAGAAUAGGCCAGAGUGGAUCAUCUCAGAGCUUGCCUGCUACACUUACUCAAUGGUAAUAGUUCCCCUUUAUGAUACUUUGGGUCCAGAGGCAAUUGUGUUCAUUGUCAAUAAAGCUGACAUCUCGACAGUGAUCUGUGAUAAACCUGAGAAAGCAGAGACAAUACUGGAGAACUGUGAGCAAGGAAAAAUGCCAGGAUUAAAGACAAUUGUUUUGAUGGAUCCUUUUGAUGACAGACUAAAAGAAAAAGGAGUUACAUUGGGAAUUGAAAUACUUUCUUUUCAGGCAGUUGAGGCACUAGGAAAAGACAAUUUAAGCAAACCAGUUCCUCCCAAACCAGAAGAUCUUUGUGUUGUUUGCUUCACAAGUGGCACAACAGGUAACCCUAAAGGAGCUUUGCUGACCCAUGAAAAUAUUAUUGCAGAUGCUGCUGCUUUCCUAACAAUCAUAGAAACUACUGCUACUUGUGAGACAUCAGAUGUAUCCAUAUCAUACCUUCCUCUAGCUCAUAUGUUUGAGAGAAUAGUGCAGUCUGUACUGUACAGCAGUGGAGCAAGAGUGGGAUUCUUCCAAGGUGAUAUUAAACUUCUUACAGAUGACAUGAAAGCACUGAAGCCAACAGUAUUUCCAGUAGUGCCCCGGCUGCUCAAUAGGAUCUAUGACAAGAUUCAAAGUGGUGCCCAAACAAGAUUUAAGCAACUGUUGCUAAACGUUGCUGUAGGCAGAAAGCUUGCUGAACUGAAGCAGGGCAUUGUCCGAAACUCUAGCAUGUGGGACAAGCUAGUGUUCAGCAAAGUUCAGAAAACCACAGGUGGGAAGCUGAAACUAAUAGUAACUGGUGCUGCUCCAAUAUCUCCAUCUGUCCUAAAGUUCCUCAGAGCAGUCUUUGGCUGUCACGUUUUAGAGGCAUAUGGUCAGACAGAAUGCUCAGGUGGCUGCUCAGUCACAAUGCCAGGAGACUGCAAAGCAGGUCAUGUUGGACCCCCUCUACCCUGUAACAUCAUAAAACUUGAAGAUGUGCCAGAAAUGAACUAUUUUGCAUCAAACAAUGAAGGGGAAGUUUGUAUUAAAGGGCCAAAUGUAUUCAAGGGUUAUUUAAAAGACCCUGAGAAAACAGCAGAAGCACUUGAUAAUGAUGGAUGGCUUCAUACUGGAGAUAUUGGGAAAUGGAUACCGGAUAAUGUAUUGAAGAUAAUUGACAGAAAGAAGAAUAUCUUCAAAUUAUCUCAAGGAGAAUAUAUUGCACCUGAAAAGAUUGAAAACAUCUACAUCAGAAGUUCUCCUGUAGCACAAGUCUUUGUGCAUGGAGAUAGCCUUCAGUCUUUCUUGGUGGGUAUAGUGGUUCCUGAUGCAGAAACUCUUCCAGCAUUUGCAGAAAACCUGGGAGUAAAAGAUUCAUAUGAAGAACUCUGCAAAAAUUCAGUAGUGAAUAAAGCUAUACUGAUGGACAUGAUCAAAUUGGGGAAAGAAGCUGGCCUGAAGGCCUUUGAACAAGUGAAAUACAUCUACCUUCAUCCAGAUCCAUUUACAGUUGAAAAUGGACUCUUAACCCCAACACUGAAGGCAAAAAGAUCAGAUGUUGUCAAAUGCUUCAGGAGUCAAAUAGAUGCUUUCUAUGCUUCUAACAUGUAAAGGAAUGAAGGCCACCUUGAUUGAACAUAUUGACAGUGGACUAUGAAAGUGCCUAACUGGCAAGGGAAACACCUAAAAGAAACCAACAAGCAUGGUAGAUCUGUAUUGUAGGAGGUUAGAGUGCCCCAUUUAUAGCUAUAUGCCUAGGAAGACAAAGCAGACUGCACUGGCUUGAAACUAUAUUUUCCUUUGUUGUACAACCCUAACUGAAAUGGAAAAGCAUUGAAUGUUUUAAAAACAUACUAAAAUUUUGAGUUUAUGGGAAAAUAUUGAAUCACUGUUUGAUUCAGUUGAUAUGCCAAUACACUAAAUAUUAAUUGCAUAACAAGGAUAAUAUAUAUAUUAUCUGGGUCCCAAAACAUUAUAUAUAUGUUUUCGGAGCCAGUCAUAGAACUGUAGAAUAUACUUUUUGUACCUAUAACAUUCAUCACUCGAAGAUGAGCACUUAAAUAUACUAGCAUCAAAUGUACAUACCUUCUAAGUUGGUAUAUCCCAAUCCUGCUAAGGCACAAAAUGACUAUAUCUGCUAGCUAAAACUUGAAUAUGAAAAAUAAAAACCUGGUGAAAGUA